AUGUAUGAAUAUGCACCUCUUUUGUACCAGGUCUUCCCAAUAAAAUCAAUAACCUAUGAAGAAGUGGAUGUUAAUUUCACUCCGGAAGAGUGGGCUUUGCUAGAUCCUUCCCAGAAGAGUCUCUACAAAGAUGUCAUGCUGGAGACCUACAAACACCUUACAGCUCUAGGCUACAAUUGGGAAGACCAUACUGAAGCACAUUGUCAACAUUUUAGAAGACAUGGAAGCCAUGAAAAACCACAUACUAGUGAGAUCCGCUAUGAAUGUAAUCAGUGUGGUAAAGCGUUUAAACGUUGCUGUGAUCUCCAGAGGCAUGAAAGAAUUCAUACUGGAGAGAAGCCCUACGGAUGUAAUCAGUGUGGUAAAGCCUUUGCAUGUCAUAGAUCUCUUCAAAGACAGGAAAGAAUUCAGAAUGGAAAGAAACUCUACAAAUGUAAUCAAUGUGAAAAAGCCUUUUCAAGACACAGUAGUUUCCAAAAUCAUAAAAGGACACAUACUGGAGAGAAACCCUUUGAAUGUAAUCAAUGUGGUAAAGCCUUUGCAGAUCGCAGUAACUGCCAGAGUCAUAAAAGAACUCAUAGUGGAGAGAAACCCUAUGAAUGUCAUCGAUGUGGUAAAGCCUUUUCACAACUCAGUAGUCUCCAAAAGCAUAAAAGAACACAUACUGGAGAGAAACCCUAUGGAUGUAAUCAGUGCGAUAAAGCAUUUUCUCGUUUCUGUGAUCUCCAGAGACAUGAAAGAAUUCAUACUGGAGAGAAGCCCUAUGAAUGUAAUCAAUGUGGCAAAGCCUUUUCACAUCCCAGUAGUCUCCAAAGGCAUAAAAGAACACAUACUGGAAAGCAGCCCUAUGAAUGUAAUCAAUGUGAUAAAGCCUUUGCACGUUGCUGUGAUCUCAAGAGGCAUGAAAGAAUUCAUGCUGCUAAGAAAUCCUAUGGAUGUAAUCAAUGUGGAAAAGCCUUUGCACGAAGUUCUAAUCUCCAGCGGCAUAAAAGAAUUCAUAGUGCAGAGAAACCCUAUGAAUGUAAUCAAUGUGGAAAAGCAUUUGCACAUUGCAGUAACCUCCAAAGGCAUGAAAUAAUUCAUACUGGAGAAAAACCCUACAAAUGUAAUCAAUGUGAUAAAGCCUUUUCACAUCCCAAUAGGCACCUGCAUUUCCAUGAAAGAACACACACUGGAGAGAAGCCUUACAAAUGUAACCAAUGUGGUAAAGCCUUUACAAAAAACAGUCAUCUCAUACGGCAUAAAAGAACACAUACUGGAGAGAAACCUUAUGAAUGUAACCAGUGUGGUAAAGCCUUUGCAGAAAACAGUCAUCUCAUAAGCCAUAAAAGAACACACACUGGAGAGAAACCAUAUGAAUGUAAUGAGUGUGGCAAAGCCUUUGCACAAAACAGUAAUCUCAUAAGCCAUAAAAGAACACACACUGGAGAGAAACCUUAUGAAUGUAACCAGUGUGGUAAAGCCUUUGCAGAAAACAGUCAUCUCAUAAGCCAUAAAAGAACACACACUGGAGAGAAACCAUAUGAGUGUAAUGAGUGUGGCAAAGCCUUUGCACAAAACAGUAAUCUCAUACGGCAUAAAAGAACACAUACUGGAGAGAAGCCUUACAAAUGUAACCAGUGUGGUAAAGCCUUUGCAGAAAACAGUCAUCUCAUAAGCCAUGAAAGAAAACACACUGGAGAGAAACCUUAUGAAUGUAACCAGUGUGGUAAAGCCUUUGCAGAAAACAGUCAUCUCUUAAGCCAUAAAAGAACACACACUGGAGAGAAACCUUAUGAAUGUAACCAGUGUGGUAAAGCCUUUGCACAAAACAGUGCUCUCAUAAGCCAUAAACGAACACACACUAGAGAGAAACCUUAUGAAUGUAACCAGUGUGGUAAAGCCUUUGCACGAAACAAUCAUCUCUUAAGUCAUAGAAGAACACACACUGGAGAGAAACCUCAUGAAUGUAAUCAAUGUGGUAAAGUCUUCACACAUAACAGUUCUCUCAUACGGCAUAAAAUAACACAUACUGGAGAGAAGCCUUACAAAUGUAACCAGUGUGGCAAAGCUUUUGCAGAAAACAGUACUCUCUUAAGCCAUAAAAGAACACACACUAGAGAGAAACCUUAUGAAUGUAAUGAGUGUGGUAAAGCCUUUGCACGCCACAAUAAUCUCAUAAGCCAUAAAAGAACACAUACUAGAAAGAAACCUUAUGAAUAU